UAUCUUAUUAUUAUUAUUAUUACAUCAACAGCGUUUGCCACUGAUAAUGAUGGUGGACAGAAUAAAAACAAUGUGAACAACAACAAUUUAUCAUCAGACAACGACAAACAAAAUGAAACUGAAAUCAAUCAAUUAAGUCUUGCAUAUGGUUUAUUAUUGGAUACAAAUUGUGAAACAGAUGAUGAUUGUAUAAUUAAAAAUUCCAUCUGUAAUACAAAUACAAAACGUUGUGAUUGUGAUUUUAAUGCCAUUCAAAGUCGAACAUUACAUUGUCGUACAUCACAAGAUUGUUCAUCACAUUUUGGCAAUACAAUCUGUGUGUUUGGUACUUGCCGUUGUCGUUGGGGCCUAAAAGCGAAUGGAAAAUGUGUCGAUUUAGAUGUUCCUGGAAUCGGUCAACAAUCAUUACCGGAUUGGGCAAUAUCAUUGAUUGCUAUUGCAGCAUUAUUAAGUGGUAUAUGGGGUGGACGUAGUCCAUUCAUAUCACAACUUUCACGUCAAUUAUUAUCAAUAUUGAUAUUGAUACUAGGAAGAUUUGCUGCACAACAAUCAAAUCAACAAAACAAUGGUCAACAACAACAAUCGCCACCAUUAUUGAUUGAUGAAUUACAAUCGGCAAUGAUGAUUCAAUUUAAUCAGCCUAUAAAUUCAAAUUCAAAUGAUGAUGAAAAUGAUGAUCAAUCAAAACAGCAACAACAGCAACAGCAACAGAAUAAACCAAAAUUAUCAUCAGCAAGCAUUUUGGAUGAAUUAUUAGUAUCAUCAUCAUCAUUGGUACAACCAGAACAGAAACAAUAAUCAACAGCAACAAAUUAACAACAAAAACGGAAUGUCAAAUAUCAAGGAUUAAAAAAUAAAUAAAUUCCUAUGCAUUCUAUUGCAUUGCUUGUCUUGUCAUUAUUCUGCAGGAAAAAAAAAAUUGUUAAUGUGAAACACGUCACGUACACACACACACACAUGAAUUGCACAUUACCUGUAAUAAUUUUGCUCAUAUACAAUUUUAUUAUCAUUUCACACACAACAUAGUGGAAACAACAACAAAAAAAAUUUAU